AUGUCAGAUGUAGCAACGAUUAGUUUGCUGGCAAUUUCUGCUGACUAUGUCUAUGUAGAGAACAAGAAACGGAGGCCAGCUAGACAUAGCAAGGCUCUCUGUAGAAGAUCUUUCCAGUACUUUGACCUUCCAAAUGUCGAGGCUUCAAAAAGUUUGAAGAAAGAGGUGCAACGACAACAGGAGGAAGAUGAGUUAGCAGCUACCACAGUGGAAGAGAGAAAAAGAAUGAUAGAAUAUGAAAGAGAAAACAUAGAAAACAAGCCCUUCGUGGACAUACUGGAAGAAACAAAAAAUUUUAGACAAAAUAUGUUCAAGAGAAGAUAUAAAGCCAGAGUUCUUGAGAAUCAAUGUCGAAAGUUAUCAGUAUUAUAA